AUGGCAAUUGAUCAGGAUGUGGAAGAAUUGUCAAUCAUGGGAGACUCGAACUUGAUUAUCCUACAAGCUCAAGGUGAAUGGGAAACUCAGAAUGUUAAGCUUAUUCUAUACAGGCAAUAUGUUGAAUAUCUUAGCAAGCGGUUCAAAUCUGUCGAGUUCAGGUACAUUCCUCGGUUUCACAAUGAGUUGGUCGAUGCACUAGCUACUUUGGCCUCGAUGCUACCAUAUACAGGCAAUGUCCACAUUGACCCAUUGGAAAUCCAAAUUCCACAAAGACAUGGUUAUUGCAGCGUAGUUGAAAUAGAUCCUGAUGCUCAAACAUG